AUGUGGCGCCAGGCCAGCGAGGAGGUGAAACGACCCUACUUGGAGCAGAUAGAGGUCAAUCGACAGGCCAAUGCGAAGAUCUGGGAUACCUGGCGUCGCGACAAUGCGGAAUGGGAGAAGAAGUCGUACGAGGUCAAGGAUCGGUGGUGUGCUGCGAAUCCAUUUGCAAACUGGGGACAGCCUGCAUCGUCGCAGGAACCAAGUACAACCAUUGCUCCGGAGUCUUCCCAUCAGUCUGCGAGUGCUAACCAGUCUGGCCCUUUGCUGAUCUCGCAUGAUGCCAAUGCUGCUGUUGCUAAAAUUAACGGGGCUGCUGCUGCCGCCGGAUCUGUUAUGUUGCCUAGUCAGCCAGAGGCGCCAGCUACAGCGACUGCAAAUGGCACUUUGGGAGAUAGUGCUCGAUAA